CGAUGAAUGGUCAAAAACCCGGGUGUCCCGUUUUAUAUUGGAUCGCCUGUAAACGCCUGCCCGUACAUCAUUACUCUCGGUGCGCAUGCUUUCUCCGGUCGCUGAGGCUGCCGGAUUGGCCGGCUGACUCGCUGGCGUGACCCCAAAAUGGGAACAGAGACAUGAUGGCGAACUCGUCUUCGUUCUGUCCUCACAACCCAAGCGCUCGCUCGACCUGUCCCCUCUCCUCACUCUCUCUUAUGCUUGCAACACAUACGUCGCCCCCGGCGGUCCGGCUCGCCAAGCAUCUCGAGCAGAUCGGCUAUUGCCCGGACCCCAAAUCGACCUCGGCUGCCUCUACCACGACCGAGAGCCUCGUCGAAAUCCUCGAGUGGAUCUUUGAAGUCCGCGGAGCCGAGCGAUUUCUCGACUGGGUGCUGCAAGUUUUGAGCGACCCGGGAUGCUAUGGCGUGCUGACGCUCGAGGAAGUCGAAGCGCUGCGAGAAGUUCGGGACAUGCUCGGAGUUGACAUUGAGUCUGCCCGGGACUUUGACUUGAGUGUCGAUGGAGAUCCCAACGACUCGGAACAAGCGAUAGAAAUCGAGCUCCAGGAGCUGCAAGCCCAAUUGACCCGGCUCGAGCAGCACGAAGGUCGACUGACGGCCCAACAGGAGCGGCUGAACUGCACCAAAGCCGCUCUGCAGAGCCAGAUUGGACUGACCGAGUCGGCGCUGCGGCAGAUCCAUGAAUCCGAGACCAGCGAGGCGGCCGAAAUCGAGCGGAUCUCGAUCAGCGUCGACUCGACUAUCCACGAUACCAUCAACGAGCUCACCGAGACCCUUGCGCACCUCUCGGCCGACGGCGACGACAAGCGCGAUUCGCUGUUCUUCUACCACGCCAUCGAGGACUUUGGUGCACUGAUCGCCGAGCACGAACAGCUCUCCAAAGAUCUCGAGGACCUAUGCGAGUCGUGGUUCAACACGAUGCCAAUGUCCGAAGACACCCACGACUAUGCCGCCAAUCUCAGUUUUGGCGACGAACUUGCCCGACUGGAGUCGCUAUAUACGGGCACGGAGCAAAACUUGCUCGAUUCACAGCUCAAGCUCAUUGAAGCCAAGACGACGCUGGAAGUACUCCAGGAAGAAACUCAGAGGGGCCUGCAAACUGGAUUCCCGGUGGCCCAUGUCUGCGAACGUAAAUCCAAGGACUAUAUCCAAGCCAGUCACGAUCUGGCCAGCACGAUCGAGAAAACUAUUCAGGCACGCUGCCUGCCUGUCUGGUCCGAAAAGCUCGCCCACCAGAGCACGUAUCAGCCCAUCUUGCAGAUCGACUACGAGAUGAGGAAAGCGCAGCUGCAACAGGAGUACAAAGAUUACGAGCAAGUGAAGCGGCUGUAUCUGGAGCAGCAAGUUCAUUUGCAGUUACUGACGCUUUCCCUUGAGGCUGAGAAGCACCGGUUCAGGAGAAUAUCCCACACGCUCCAGUCCAUCAUCAGUCAGCUCGAAGAGCGCAAAACUCAGAUUGAACAGCGUCGAUCCUGGAUCAACUCGUCAGAGUUACUGCCCUCCUCGGCGGAAGCAUCAACCUUCAGCAGCAGUGAUGUGUUUCUGCAGAGUAUUGACAGCGCCCUCAAUGGCGGCAUGCCUGCCAACCAAACAGAUGCAGCCUCGACAGUGAUCACAUCGGUGACAGGGCUCUACGACAGGGCCUCGGCACUUGUCGUCCGCCAUGACCAAGCACGCGAGAACCUGGCAGGACUUGUUCAGCAGCUUGCCAAGCAGGUUGACGAAAUUGAGACUCUUCAAUCCUCUCUCUGGAAGCACACAACUCGCCACCGCGCUGGCGGCAAGAUCCUGCUGGCGCCGAAGGAGCUGUACCGUCUGCAGGGGCAGGUGCAGCAGAAAGUCAGGGAGCUACCCGAAGUCGUCCAGAAGGCAACCGAGGCGCUACGCCAUAUGAAGCAGUAGCCCGGAUGUCUGGCCAGACUCUGCAGACCGGGGGGCAUCAACCGGAGCCGCGUUAUAAUAGACAUGAUGAUUUGAAA